AUGGACCGAGGUGGCAGGAAGCGGGUAGGGAUCGCUUGUUAGGAAGGGGCCGCCAUGAGCCGACUGCGGGAGGAGGAUGACCCUUAUGUGAUCGAGGAGCCCAGCGAUGAGGAGCCGGCGCAGAGCAGCUCUGAGGAUGAAGUAGAUGUGCUCUUGCAUGGCACCCCUGAUCAGAAGCGCAAACUAAUAAGGGAAUGUCUAACCGGAGAAAGUGAAUCUUCAAGUGAAGAUGAAUUCCAAAAGGAAAUGGAAGCAGAACUGGACUCCACCAUGAAAAAUAUAGAGGGCAAGUGGAAAUCGCAGCUAACAGGCAGUACGUCUAACGCUGGACAGUCUGGAACAGGUUCCCCUGCAAAGUACUACGAUGAUAUUUAUUUUGAUUCUGAUUCAGAGGAUGAAGACAAAGUAGCUGCUCCAGAAACCAGAAAAAAAAGGAAACAUCAGCAGCGCCGAAUUCCAACUAAUGAUGAGUUGUUCUAUGACCCAGAAGAAGACAACAGAGACCAGGCGUGGGUGGACAGGAAGAGACGGGGGUAUCAUAGGUUAAGAAGUCUUCACUCACAACAGCCACAAGCCAAACUUCCUGCCAUUCCCAGCAGUGACGCUGUUUUGAAUUGUCCUGCAUGCAUGACCACACUGUGCCUUGACUGCCAGAGGCACGAAUCAUACAGAACUCAGUACAGAGCAAUGUUUGUCAUGAAUUGCACCGUUAUCAAAGAAGAGAUUCUGAAAUACAAAGGUCCAUUGAACAAAAAGACAAAGAGAGGGCACAAGAAAAUUAAACAGAGUAGUGAAUCCAUUGCUAGUCAGGAAAAACAGGAAGAGGAGGAGAUAUAUCAUCCAGUAAAAUGUACUGAAUGUUCAACAGAAGUGGCUGUCUUAGAUAAGGAUGAAGUCUUUCAUUUUUUCAAUGUUCUAGCAAGCCACUGCUAAGAUGCAGCAUUUUUCAUUGGGUUAAGUUUGCAUAAAAAUUCAAAAGCCAAGGACUGUUCUGUUUCAUUUGUAUCGUCUAUUAAUCUGAUGUAAAAAUUGUAUCCUUGCCACACACCCUGUAUUGGUAAAGCAAGUGAACUUCAGUUAUGUAUAUAGUCCAUGUUUUUAGAACAGUUUCUUAUGUAUAUAAAUAUUUUUAUCCUGCUAUUUAGAAUUAAAAUGUUCUGAUCUUGGGGGAAUUUAGACCAUAGUCUGUGGCAUGGCUGCCUGAUAAUGUUGCUAUAAGCAUUACUGUAAGAGUUGAGCUUUAGUUUGUGUAAAACAGAUAUUGGUAGCACUAAACUCUGUUCAAGACUU